CUGGAGGGCCGUUCUCCCUAGCGGGUGCUGCUGGAAAAGCUGUAGAUUGAAACAUAUACAGUAUUAUUGUUUUCAUUUCUUCCCAAAGCAGCAUAUUGAGCUGUUUUCGUUUCUGGAAGAAGGGUGCACGCCCUCGAGGGGGCGGGAUAGGAGGUGGGACGGCACAGCCCCUCCCCGUGGGCCCGUGCUGUGUUUAGCUGAGACACUCACUGUUGCUCUCCCAGGAGUGAAGCCCAGUGCUGGCAGAGGAUCGCCCUGAGCAGGACAAGUGAGGCUGACCCAGUCGGUGAAGCACCAUGACCAAGAAAAGGGUCGCCAUAAUUGGAUCGGGAGCAAGCGGGCUCACCUGUAUCAAGUGCUGCCUGGAAGAAGGCUUGGAACCUGUCUGCUUUGAAAGGUCUGAUGACAUCGGAGGCCUGUGGAGGUUCCAGGAGAACCGCGAAGAAGGCAGGGCCAGUAUUUACAAGUCCGUGAUCAUCAACACCUCUAAGGAAAUGAUGUGCUUCAGUGACUACCCCAUCCCAGACCAUUACCCCAACUUCAUGCACAACUCCCAGGUCCUGGAGUACUUCAGGAUGUAUGCUAAAGAAUUUGACCUUCUCAAAUACAUCAAAUUCAAGACCACAGUGUGCACUGUGAAGAAGCAACCUGACUUCUCUACUUCAGGUCAAUGGGAGGUGGUCACUGAGUGUGGAGGGAAAAAGCGGGCGGAUGUCUUCGAUGGAGUCCUGGUUUGCACAGGCCAUCACACGGACGCUCACCUACCCCUGGAAAGCUUUCCUGGAAUUGAAAAGUUCAAAGGAAAGUACUUUCACAGCCGAGACUAUAAGAACCCAAUAGAAUUCACUGGGAAAAGAGUCAUUGUAAUUGGCAUUGGGAAUUCUGGAGGGGAUCUGGCUGUGGAGAUCAGCCACACAGCCAAGCAGGUAUUCCUCAGUACCAGGAGAGGAGCUUGGAUCUUAAACCGCGUAGGGAAAAAUGGAUAUCCUACCGAUUUGCUGUUCUCUUCUCGACUUUCCUACUAUUUGUCAAAGAUCCUUAGCCCAUCACUAAUAAACGGAUUUGUGGAAAAACAGAUGAACCAAAGAUUUGAUCAUGAAAUGUUUGGCCUGAAGCCUAAACACAGAGCUCUGAGUCAGCAUCCAACAGUAAAUGACGAACUGCCAAAUCGUAUCAUUUCCGGCUUGGUGAAGGUGAAAGGAAACGUGAAGCAGUUCACAGAGACGGCCGCCAUAUUUGAGGACGGCUCCAGGGAGGAUGACAUCGACGCGGUCAUCUUUGCCACAGGCUACAGCUUUGCCUUUCCUUUCCUUGAAGACUCUGUCAAGGUGGUCAAAAACAAGGUGUCCUUGUAUAAAAAGGUCUUUCCGCCUAACCUGGAAAAGCCAACUCUUGCGAUCAUCGGAUUAAUUCAACCCUUGGGAGCCAUUAUGCCCAUUUCAGAGCUCCAAGGACGCUGGGCCACUCAAGUGUUCAAGGGGCUGAAGAAAUUGCCCUCACAAAGUGAAAUGAUGAAAGAAAUAAAUAAGGCUCGAGAGGAAAUGGCAAAAAGGUACGUGGACAGCCAGCGGCACACUAUCCAGGGCGACUAUGUAGACACCAUGGAAGAGAUUGCAGAGUUGGUGGGUGUCAGGCCCAAUCUCCUGUCUCUCGCCUUCACUGACCCCAAGCUGGCACUACAGUUACUACUGGGACCCUGCACUCCAGUCCAGUAUCGCCUGCAGGGCCCUGGAAAGUGGGCAGGAGCCCGACAAACGAUUCUGACCACAGAAGAUCGUGUAAGGAAGCCUCUGAUGACAAGAGUGGUUGAAAAGGGGGACUCUGGGGCUUCGCUGACGACGAUGCGCAUCGUCAUGCUAGCUGUUGUUUUCUUUGCUGUAAUCCUGGCUUAUUUUUAGAUGGGGCACUGUCAGUCUUCUGGCUUUCCCUGGAAAGCCUCAUCUAGCAACACCUCAGAACCUGACAAGACUGAACACUCAGCAUCACACUGCUCAGAAACCUCUUUCUCUCCUCUCUCUCUCUCUCUCUGUCUCUCUCUCUCUCUCUCUCUCUCUCUCUCUCUCUCUCUCUCUCUCUCUCUCAUUUUUCCUUCUACAAGGCUGGGUUUUCAUUUAUCAAUUCAUCUUCCUUCCUCUCUUGAGCCUCCACUUUUUCCUUUUGGAAAUUCCCAGACGAUGAAGUCAGGGCCUCUUUCCUCAUCUCCAUAUGUCAUCUGCAGAGUCCUUUUAAUGCCUGACUGCUGUAUUUCUAAUCUUGCACACCUAGACUUCAGAGUGCAAUCAUUCAUCCUGAAAAGACUGCUCCUGUUAUCAGGCACAUACUGGCUACAACUUGACCUUGUAAGCAGAGGCAACAUGUCCAUCUCAGGAAUUCCUGCAGAGGGCAGUCCAGCAAGAAUUAACCACUUAGUGCUGAGGGCUGGAAGUCCAGGAUCAAGGAUGCAGACAGUGAGGAACUCCUGGCUUCAUAAUUAAUACAGUGAGGGCACUGAAUGGCAAAACAGAAAACAUGUCGUUAGCUAAGUUCUGACAUGUGGCACGUGCUUAAUAAAUACUCAAUGAUAUAUAGGAAAUAAGCUGGCCUCCCUAAGUCAAUCUAAUAAAUGUCUGACUCCAUGGAA